AUGGAUUCCAAUACCUUCCAGAAUGAAUUCAUUUGUUCCGUUUGCAUGAAUUACUUUAUAGACCCGGUCACCAUAGGCUGUGGGCACAGCUUUUGCAGACCUUGUCUCUGUAUCUGCUGGGAGGAAGCCCCAUAUCCUCCUAGCUGCCCUGUGUGCAGGACAACAUCACAUGAAAUAAUCUUGAAAACCAACAUCGUGUUGAAGACCCGGGUGUUUCUUGCCAGACGGGCAAGACUCUACCAAUUACCCAGCUCUGCAGAAGAGAUCUGUGGGAUACACAGAAAAACUAAGAACUUCUUCUGUGAAGUUUUCAAGGACGUGCUCUGUUCGCUGUGCUGUAAGUCUAAGGAGCAUGUGGGUCACCGACACUGUUCCAUUGAUUGGACUGCUGAGGAAUACAGGCAAAAGCUCCUGAAACAGAUAAGGUCUGUGUGGGAAAAGACACAAGAAAAUCAGAGAAACUUAAACCGAGAAACCAGCAUAAUUCAAACAUGGAUGGAUUACGUGAGUCUACGGAGGAAGAUGAUCGGUGCUGAGGACUGGAAAGUGUGCCAAGUGCUCUAUGGGGAAGAGAGUGAGUCUGUGCAGCUUAACAUGCCCCAGCCUGUGAACCCAGAGCUCAGUUCCUGGCCCAUCACUGGACUGAUAGACAGGCUCAACCAAUUCCAAGUAUAUAUUUCCUGGGAAGAUGAAAUAGCCACUUGUCACAUGCCCCUGUUUGAAGAUCUGAGACAUUUGCUCUCUACUCCUGCUCUUCUCGAUGUUGUCCAUAAUCCAACAAGGUCAAAGUCUUUCCUCGCAUGGGGAGCCCAGCUGUUCACUUCAGGCCUACAUUACUGGGAGGUGGAUGUGGGGGGGUGUGGGAACUGGAUCAUUGGAUUUUGUAAUGAUUCCUGGACAAAGAGGAAUGACAUGAUGGUUAACUCCGAGGGGAUUUUUCUACUUUUCUGUGUCAAGAAGGAGACUUGCUGCCGUCUCUUUACCUCCUCCCCACUCCUGCCUCACUACGUGGAAAGGCCUCUCGGCCCCGUAGGGGUGUUCCUGGAUUAUGAAUGUGGUACACUGAGCUUUGUUAAUGCGGCCCAUAGUUCCCUCAUCUGUAGUCUCUUCUCCUGUUCCUUCUCUUCUUCUCUGUGA